AAGAAGAAGAAGAAGAAGAGCCCACAGUGGAAAGAUAAGACAGAAGAAAAAAGAGGAAGGAGAAGAGGGAGGAGGAGGAGGAGGAGGAGGAAGAAGAGAGUUGGAUGUAGCUGCUGUUUUGCGGGCGUUUUGCGGGGAAUGUGCGGCUCCUGCUCCGCUGCUCUCCCAACUUUCUGAAUCUCUGCGCUCAUGGUGAGAGGAGGACGCAGAGGAUGGGAGUAACCUGGUCCUCCAGAUGCCUCGCACUCUUCCUAGCUCUACACAUAGUCUCUGUGUUGCAGACGGUGCUGGUCAGUGCUGGUCAAUGUGACUCCGUGUUUAAAGGCUUCUCGGACUGUCUGCUUCAGCUGGGGGAGAACAUGGCCAACUAUCCCCAGGACCUGGACGACAGGGAGAACCUGCACAAGAUCUGCAGUUACUGGGAUAACUUCCACUCCUGUGCCACGACGGCGCUGGCGGACUGCCAGGAGGGAGCGACGGACCUCUGGGAGAAACUGAAAAAGGAAUCCCGCAACCUGGAUUUCCGUGGGAGUUUGUUUGAACUCUGUGGCGGCGGCAACGGAGCCACCAGAUCAGCUGACGCCAGGGGCCUCGCCCUGGUCCUAACCACACUGCCCACCAUACUGACUUGGCUGGCGUUUUAACAAAAACAAGGAGAAACAUAAAAAAAAACAAAGUGAAAAGAAGAAAAAAAAAGGAAAACCCUAACGAAAAAAGAAAACAGAAAAAGAGUGGAAGCUACUCUUCGAUACUGAAAAAAACAACUUCUGUAGGACCGAGUUUGAAUUCACCACCAGAAAACUACACCCAGAAUGGAUUUUUACUACAUUGACGUACGGCGGCCCAGUUUGCCUUCCCGGGACAUCUGCAGGCCGUCCUCCUGGAGCGCUCAUCCAAUCACACGCGGACCUGACCCGGAGGUCGAUAACAUGAAAUAUUCAACACGCCAUUGAGCAGAAACGAUGACAAUGAUGAAAAUUUGAUGGAUCCUUGCCCGCUUACAAUCGUGGAAUUACACAGUAUUAAAGUCAACCAUGAAUUAUUGAUGUUUAGUAGGCUAGGCCUAGACAGCACUGCGUGACUGCUGGGUGCUGACACAGUAUCAGGCUAUAUAUUAGGGUUCUCAUAUAGCCUAAGGUACAUAUUCAUGUGUAACGCAAGGCUGAGCUUAACUCCACAAAAUCAAUAAGACAAGCCGAGGCCCAGAGCCCACGUCAGACCAAUCGCCUAAUUUCCAUCACGGACAGUUUUUCCUUUUUUACUGCGCCAAGUUGACUGUGUAGAGCCGGUAGCUUUGAUGGACUGAAUGCUUGAUGGUAAUGUAGUAUUUGUAUUCUUAUUGGCUGUUUGUUGUGCUCAGGCCGCGGUCACACCAGCUUUUAUCACAGUGGCAUUUUUGCACCAAGUUCAUUUUGAUGGAGUCGUCACAGCUGACAAAGUCAGUUUAGCACGGUGUCCUCCUGUCCAGGUAAACCUUGGUGCACCUUUACAGGUAAAUCUGUGGCGCUGAAAAAAAGCAAAACCAUAUUGACAGUAUUGACCUUUGACCCAUGCAGCAUGGCUUACAGUCAAUUGUGUUAUUUUAAAAUUUAGAGUAUUUUAACUGUUUGUUGUUGAACUGGCUAGCUUCCUACCUUGCCAGCUACUUCUUAUAAAAUCCGUGCCACGUGAAUAAAUCUUGCUCUGCCAAUUUCUGGUGUGACCAUAGCCUCAUUUUCCCCCACCAAGCUCUGAGGUGCAGGGAUGUAGUUGACAGUAUGAUGCCUGCUUUUCAUUCCAGAACAGUUUAGACUGAUGUUAAAUUGCAUGAUGUCAGACAGUCUCUAACAUUUCAGGAAAUGAGCACAAAUUGUGAAAUGCUGAUUAAGGCUGUUGGCAGAAAGAACUGUGAGUUGCUGGUUUCCGCCAUGCCUGGUAGGACAGGAUUGGUAACUGGAGUUAAACUCACCCAGUUGACUCUGAUAUCACUAAACUGUAGUCAUCUUGACUCAGGUGGCUAUGUGGGUCAGCAGCUGAACCAGACUGAUGACUGAUGAUGGCUAGCUAACAGCUUGAACAGACUAAGUUAGCUAAUGGUCAGUUUAGCUAAGCUGACCUUUACUGUGAGCCACCAAACACAUAAAGAUCAGGUUAGCUAAAUCAAUCUGUUCUUACAGCUAAACCAGAGCAAUGAAGACAAGCUAACAAUUUAGCGAUGCGAACAGACCGAGUUAGCUAACAAUCACUUUAGCUAAGCUGACCUUUACUGGUUUGGUGGCUAACUACUUAGAGGGUAAAAACAAGCCACAUUUGGGUUGGCAGCUGUGCGUCAGGUUAGCCAAAACCCUGGUUUAUCAGCUUAAUUCUUAAUUCUUCUUAAUUCUUAAAAUAAGAUUGGUCAGGUUAGCUAACAGCUAGCAGGCAGUAGUCUACCACAUGGUAAAAUUAGCUGUUCAGCUCAAACCUUAAGCUUUCUGAUCCUUGUUUAAUCAAUGAAAACUAAAAUGUGUUGAGAAUUAAACACAGGUCAGAAUUUAAGUCAACAUCGACAAUGUUAGCUAGAGAUUUCGGUCUGUUCUUGCUUGAACGGGACACUGAGCUCAUUUCCUGAAAUCCCAUGAGAACACGUUAAAGUUCGGAGCGUAAGCUGCUGUAGGAUACAUCAGCCUGAUGGAAACUCUUCAUCGCAUCGACGUGAAGGUAGAAACACAUUAGAAUUCAUUUUAGUUCAUGUUGGUGGUUCCCACCGUUCUUCAUCCCUGCUCAGCAGAACUAAGUGUUAGAAAUGAAUGAAUCUGUGAGCAAAACAGUUACUGAGAGGGAGAAAUAAUAAGAUUCUCAAUAGCCGACAGCAAUACAAAGAUAUGACUUCACGGCCAGUGUAGCUAAAUAAUAAAAACCCACACCGUGGCUGAAGAGCGAUAUGACUGUUGCCAUUUAGCACAUCCCCCCUUUUCAUACGCCAGUGAUUCAUACUAGACAACCUUAGAGGUGAUAUAUUUUAGGUCUGUAUGUUAGAUUAAAAAGUCCCAACAGUACAGUAGCAUCAUAAACUACAGAAAUACAGUAAAUAAACUGGAGGAGGUUGUUUAUUUCUUUGCUGAGGCACAGAUGACGUUUCCACUGCCUUCUGACAAAAAAAUGUGUACUUCUGUUUGUCGGUUUGUCUCUUUGUUUGUUUAUGGGGAUGUUGCGUAACAAAAAGAGUUUAAAAAAAGGACUUAUUCUAAAUCAUCUAACGAGAGAAUAUGUAUUUCAAAGGAUUUUGAGAAAAUAAAAAUAAAAAAGCUCUAUUAGAGAUAGUCUAUCCCAGAAAGUUUUAACACAAGAUUGAUACUUUACAGAUUAUAGGCCUACUGACAUAUUAAAAAAUAAAAGAUUGCUAGAAUUAUAAAGAGUAAUAAAUAAAACGACUAAUGUUUGAAAAUAAGUGUGUGGUUUUAUUUGAUCCGGGGAUAAAAAAAUGUGAUUUUAUCUAUGGGGUUUGGAUUGUUGCAUUUAAAAUGCACGUACACACAGUGGG